UGUGAUUUGGUAUUCUGGUCGAAAUGGAUCAUAAUCAAAUAAGUAAUAACGCCAAAAUAUGUUAAUAUAUUAUCUAAUUCUUUGUAGUAAUCAUUUACGUCCGAGAUGAUAAUAAUGAUACCUAUAAAUGAUAAAGUACAGUAGUACAUAAGUGUAUUUUGUAGGUCCUAUUAUUGUCUAAAAUUGUUUUUAAGUUUUUUUUUUUAUUAACUUUAACCACAUACAUUUACCAGCAUAGCACGGUAAUACAGUAUUUACUCAAUUUUUAUCUUAUUUUUUCAUGACGUAGGUAUUUAAAAAGUAUAUAAAUAACAAUUUUUCAAAAUAUUUUUAGUUUUUGUUACCUACUUAGUUUAAAUACAUUAUACAAUAAUAUUUUUGUUUACUGAUCUAAGUUUAACCCUUUUGACCUUAUUUUGUUUACGUGAAAGUUAUAAAUCGCGUGUAGGUACCUAUAUAAGUACCCAUGCAUUUAAGUUAAAAGCGAAGAAGUUUUAUUAAAUCAAAUAUUAUUAACUGUUUUAUUUGUAACAUAAAUAGUAUACACUCAUCACAAUAAAUAAUAUGACAAUUAAUAAAUUUGAUUAUAUAUACAGAAAAUUGUUGCUUACUAAAUACUUUGUAAAUGGUUGGGGUGAUCCUGAAAAACUUAAAAGUUUGUUUCAGUUUCGAAAUCAUAUAAUAGAUCGAGACUCUUGUUUCAAACUCGUAGCAUCUGAUUAUCCUGUGAAAAUUGUUAAAAAAAAGGAAGAUUCCGAUUGCAUAACAUUAGAAGGAGUAUUUCAAUCACCCUUUUCGUAUUAUCUUCCAAAUAUAGUGCCAAAAGAGAGUCAUCUUGCCCAUUUCCAAGUUUUAUUACCAAAAAAAUGGCCUUCCAAAAAUGUAAAACCUAUGUGUGUACACAUGGCUGGCACAGGAGAUCAACAUUAUUGGAGAAGACGGGCUAUGUUAGCAAAACCGCUUUUAAAAGAAGCAGCGAUUGGUUCAAUCAUACUAGAGAAUCCUUUCUAUGGAAAAAGAAAACCAAAUGAUCAAGUUAGGUCUAUUUUAUGCAAUGUCUCUGAUAUUUUUGUUAUGGGAGGUUGCUUAAUAUUGGAAUCCCUUGUAUUAUUUCAUUGGUGUGAACGUGAAGGAUUUGGACCAAUUGGUGUCACUGGUUUAUCGAUGGGAGGUCAUAUGGCAUCAUUAGCUGCUGCAAGUUGGCCAAAACCAAUUGUUCUUGUUCCAUGUUUAUCUGGUACAACAGCUUCUGGAGUAUUUACAGAGGGUGCUAUUAGCUGUGCUAUUGACUGGGAUUUACUUGAAAAACAAUAUAAAUCAAAUUCUGUGUAUAAAAAUGAAGUUAAAAACAUUGAUAAUGAAGUCAACAAGUUGAAAAUAAAAUUUAAUGCGGGUAAACAAUUUAUAAAAGAUAUGAAUAUUGAUUCACAUUUUAACAUUCAAUCAAAUUUAAUGUUUGAUGAUUUAAAAAAUGAUAAUAGUUCAUUAAAUAUAUGUCAACCUCAACAAUUAAAUAAAUUAAAAUUAACCAAUGCAUUUGAUAAUUUGGAGGAUCCGUCAAUUGAAGAAAAUAAUGAACUUCAAAUUAAAAAAGAUUUAAAACAAACAAAACACAUGAUGAGAUUUUUCAAUAAACAUUCAAAAAAUGAAGAUUUAAAUUUAGAAGCAUUGAGUUUUAUGAAAGGUAUUAUGGAUGAGUGUACUCAUUUGAAAAAUUUCAAAUCUCCUGUUGAUAUGGAUAUAGUAAUAGCAGUUUGUGCAACACGUGAUGGUUAUGUACCUCAACAUAAUAUGGAUAAAUUAGAAGAUGUGUGGCCUGGUGCAGAGGUCAGAUAUGUUGAUACAGGACAUGUAGCUGCUUUUAUACUUCACCGAAAUACAUUCAAAACUGCAAUAAUUGAUGCAUUUCAACGAGCUCAAAAAAAAUAUUAUGAUCAACCUUUAUAAUGAUUAAUUGGAUAUAAGACACUAAUUGUGUUGUUUAUGUUACCAGUAUCUUAUAUUUAAUUAAAUAAAUCACUCUGUAUAACACUAUUUUUAUAAAUGUGUAUAAUAUUUUUGUAUUGUAAUAUUACAUUUAUCUAAAGAAUAUGGUCCUUGUUAUUUUAUAUUCAGAGG